AUGUAUUUACGAUUUUCAAACAGAGCACCAUUUGAAAAACUUCAUCUUUCGGUGGGUUUAGAGGAUUGGGAUAUGGUGGAGGAGCUUAAGCAGUCUAUAACAAUUGAUCAGUACUUUGGUGGUGUGGACGACAAAGUAAACCUUUACUCUCUGAGGCGGCAGUACAGCAGUGAGCUAUCUCCUUGUAGAUCAGAAGAUGGACUUCUUCAGGAGGAGAGCUUCUGCCCCAGCUUGUGGCUUAUUGUGAACCCAAACCUGGUGAUGCCAAGUCCAGAGAGGAUUACCAAUUUGCCUCCUGAACCUCCUACAACAACCACAUUGUCUUCUCCCAUCCAGGCAGCCCCUGGAAUAGACUAUUCCACCAUGGAGGAUUCAGAGGAAGAAGCUCAAACUUCCUACAGUGAGCUGUAUACAGAUGAUGAAGACUCUUUUGUUGCCUGCCAACCUCCACUCAAACAAGUAAAGUUUCCAAGUAAAAAACUGAGGAUUCAGAGAGGCCUGACUCAGCUGGACUCUUGGCCCAGGCCCCCCAUCAAUUAUUGUAAUCUGAUUUCGCUAGCCCUGCAGAAUAGCAAGGAGGGCAGUUUAAAUGUGCAGCAAAUCUAUAGCUUUGUCAGGGAACACUUUCCAUUUUUCCGGGUUGCUCCAGAUGGUUGGAAGAACACAGUCCGACAUAACCUUUGCUUCAGCAGUAGUUUUGAGAAAAGCUCAGGGUGGGUGUGUGCCGAUGGAAAUCGCCGUUCUUGCCUAUGGAAACUAACACGCCAGGGGAGAAGGAAAUUCUAUACAGAAAUGCAUGCGUUGUCUGAUGAGCUACUACGAGUGUUGCGUAGAAGUAUGAACAAUCCAGCACUAAUGGAACUGAUGUUCGAUAUGUAGAAACAUCUUUCUCUUUUGGCAAUCUGCACUCCUCCUGCUGGGACUGUAUAGCUUACUGCACAAAGAAGACUCCUUCACUCAAUAUUUCAAUUGACAUGGAUUGCAGGACAUUGUCUCCUUUCAAGUAUGGCUUAUUUUUAGUCAUAUGAAAGUGCUUAAUAAUAAUAAUAAAAU